AUGGCUGCCCAAUGGCCGCCGCGGUCGCCCCACGAGGCUCUGCUCAGCACGCCGGGCGGACGAGAGAAGCUACGGCGCCUUGCUGAACGGACAUCCCCCUCGCCAUCUCCCUCACGGCUCAGAGCAUCACGGUCGGCUGCAGCUCUGACUUCAAGGUCCGGGACAGCAUUCGGCGAAGAUGGCCUCUUUGAAGGCGGCGACGAUGAUAACGAGGAGGACGAGGACGAGGAAACCUUGCAGCUCAAGCUGCAGGCGCUCCAGGCCCGGUUGAAACUCAAAAAACUGCAGGCGGCGAAGGCACAGAAGAAGUCCGCGGCGGCAUCACAACCAGGUUCUGGAGAUGUAGGCGGGAUGCGGGAGGUCCCUUUGCAGUCGAGGCUUGCUGCGGCCCGAGACAGGAUGGAGAGGCAGGCUUCUUCGCGAGACAUCGUUCAGGUCCCGGCCUCGCCCGUCAAGAAAGUGCAGGCUGCUUCCGAUCUUCAAACCUCGCCACAGAGGGUAUUACUGGGAAUCGACAAGGGAUUAAGAGGGGCAGAUGUGUCCCUCAAAAAAGCACCCAGCCAGCGGCGAGCAAACGACGCGCAGCUAGCCCCGUCAGGCGGUUUCCUGCGGAGGGCUAAAUCUCCGCUGAGCGACCAUAGCCAGCAAGAAGCGUCUCGCCCGUUGAGCUUUAAUGAACGACUAGCAGCUGCGCGGACCGAGGAGGCUGCUCGGCAAGAGCGGAGAGAACGGGCGCGGAAUCUCAGAAGUACCGCUUUCAAUGUUGGGCGGCAAGAGAUGGAGGAUUACAAGACCAAGGCGCAGGAUCUGCCUGACCUGCCUUCAAAGCCGCAAGAAUUCUCGAGGGACGAAGUUCUCGCGUCAAUGGGGAGGUCGUCAGGAACCCAGAUACCACGCAGCAGCACAGCCCCUACUCUAGGGUCAGGGGCAAGAAUAGGCAACUCGGACUCCACGACGACAGCAACAAAAUCAAGUAGCGGAAGCGCCGACUUGGACGGUUCCUUCGAACCGUACUCGGGCCUGCAUCUCUCGAAGCGGAUCCUGCCACACAACGUCCUCGCCCGCGCCGUCUCGGGGAAAAAGACAUACCUCCUCAAAGAUUUGCUCCGCCAAGUCAAGGCACCCGACUGGUCUCUUCCGGACGACGAGACAGACAUUGUGGUGUUUGCCAUCGUCGCGAGCAAGUCUGACCCGCGCAGUCACCGCCCUGGCCCCGGCAAGGAUGGGAAAUCCCAACAAGACCGCGGCAAAUACAUGGUGCUCACGCUGGUCGACCUCACCUACGAAGUCGAUCUCUUCCUCUUCAACUCGGGCUUCGAUCGUUUCUGGAAACUAACUCCCGGCACGGUGCUGGCCAUCCUCAACCCCGGCAUCCUCCCUCCUCCGCCGGGGCGCGAGGCCACCAACCGCUUCGGGCUGAUGAUCAACUCGGACGAGGACACGAUCCUCGAGAUUGGCGGCGCGCGCGAUAUCGGCUACUGCAAGAGCAUCAAAAAGGAUGGCACGUAUUGCAAAAGCUGGGUCAACGCGCGCCGCACCGAAUACUGCGAGUUCCACACGAACGAAGCCGUGCGCAAAGCCCGCAGCUCCCGCAUCGAGAUGAGCACGACGGCAGGCUUCGGUGGCGGCGACGUCACGCGCUGGAGGAAACACAAUUCCCGGCAAGUCUUCGUCAAGUCCGAAGAGGAGCGCGCGCGCGGCCACUACGACCGCGCGACACAGAGCCAGUACUUCAUCAGCACCGCCCACCGCGCCACCGAUCCGGACGACGAGCGCCUAACCGGCAUAGCCGACCGCAAAGAGCGCGAAGCGGCGCUCAAGCGGCGGCUGGCGCAGGCAGAAAAAGAGCGCGACAUUGCCCGGCGCCUAGGCGAGGUCGGUGGCGGCCCCGCGCGCAAAUGGGACGCGCGCUCCCUCGGCCUAGUCGGCCGCCACCAGCCCAAGAUCAGCCUCGGCCCCGCGCCGACGACGACGACGACGGCCGCCAAGCGCAAGCGGCCCGAGUCGGCCGGCUCCGCCGCCACUUCCACCUCCACCACCGCCGCUAAUGGCAAUAUUGGCAGCGGCGGCGGCGGCGGCAGCAAGGCGCCGCUGGGCUGGGGCGCGCUGCUGAAGGAUAAGCUGGGGCGGAUGAGGGAGGGGGAGCGGUUAGAUGGGCGGACUGCGCCUUCUGCUCCUGGUCUUGCUGCGCCUGGUUCUUCCUCUUCUACUGCUGGUGGUGCCGCUGCUGACGGCAGCGGUGGUGGUGGUGAUGGUGGCGACAGCGGUGCGGCCGCCGCCAGCAGGAGGGGGGACAAGUCGCCGGUGCGGAAGAAGACGCGUUUUCUAACGGAAAAGGGCAUCCGCGAGGCCGGGCGGGAGAGCCUUGGGGAGCGGCUCUCGGCGGCGGGGAAGGUGACGCGGCGGCGGGUUGUGCUGCCUGAUCGGGGCGCUGGUGGGGGUGACGAUGAUGACGAUGAUGAUGAUGAUUUGAUUAUCGUGCGAUGA